AUGGGUUUCACCACUCGCGCUGCUGUCGCCGGGCUUCUGCUCGGCGCCGCCAAGGCCUCUCCCGUCUACGGCAACGGUACCAUCGCCUACACCACCGAGGUCGUCACCGCUCUGACCACCUACUGCCCGGCUGCCACCACCCUCACCUACAACGACAAGACCUACACCAUCACCGAGGCCACCACUCUGACCAUCACCGACUGCCCCUGCACCAUCAGCAAGCCCGCCAAGCCCACCGCCACUGGCCCUCCCAAGGAUGCUUGCGCUGAGCACUGCUACGAGGCUUACAACGAGUGCCGUGUUGCCAAGGGUGCCAACAUGGCUACCUGCGCCGCCAAGUACGCCGAGUGCCUGGGCUACAGCCCUUUCGGUAACGACGGCUCUCUGGUUACUCCCACUGCUUGCUCCAAGAAGCCUGCUCCCACCAAGCCCGUCUACACCACCGAGGUCGUGACCGCCAUCACCACCUACUGCCCUGAGCCCACCACUCUCUCUUACAACAACAAGACCUACACCAUCACCAAGCCCACCACCUUCACCAUCACCGACUGCCCUUGCACCAUCAGCAAGCCUCACGGCCCUGCUCCUCCCAAGCCCAGCGCCCCUGCCCACGACUGCGCCAAGGAGUGCACUGACGCCUACAACAUGUGCCGCAGCGGACCUGGUGCCAACAUGGCCACCUGCGCUGCCAAGUAUGCUGAGUGCCUGGGCUACAGCCCCUUCGGUGACGACGGCUCUCUCAAGACCCCUACUGCUUGCUCUGCCACUGGUCCCGCUCCCACUGGCCCUGCUCCCACCGGCCCUGCUCCUACCGGUCCUGCCCCUACUGGCCCUGCUCCUGUUGUCCCCGUCCAUGACUGCGCCAAGGAGUGCACUGAGGCUUACAACAAGUGCCGCAGCGGAUCUGGUGCCAACAUGGCCACUUGCGCUGCCGAGUACGCCAAGUGCCUUGGCUACAGCCCCUUCGGUGACGAUGGUUCUCUCAUCACCCCCACCGCCUGCUCUGCCACUGGCCCUGCUCCCACCGGUCCUGUCGCUACUCCCACUGGCGGCAACCCCCCUGUCGUCAAUGCUGGUGCCGGCCGCAUCGCUCCCGCUGGCAUGAUCGUUGCCCUGGGUGCCAUUGCCCUCUUCUAA